AGGAGCCUUCAAUGUGAAAGGACGAAGGCCACGCAACAGAACACACAAAUUGGAAGCUCACAAAUCUUGUUCACUCUUUUUCAUAACAACACAGCGUAUCACAUACAAACAGAAUCGUCACCAUGGUCAAGACUCGAAGUGAAAUCAAGCGAGAACGGGAUACCAGUGGUUACAGCCCCAUCAACGACACACCGUCGGCGAAGCGGAAGCUGGAGUUCAAGACCCCUAACGCAAAGUCGCAAGCGAAGACUACGUCCACCAAGACAAGAAGCGCACGGAAACCACCAAAGACUCCUCGCCAGAAGAAACCCGCAUCGACGCCUCUUUCUACCCGCGUACUCCGGUCUUCCAAUAACUCUACCCCCAACGAAAUGAUGAAGUCGGGCAGAGCAGCGUCUUCACUUGUCAAGUCAACAACGAAGACACCUCGUCGCCGACCUCGGAGCUCAGACACACCUACAUCUACUCGUGCCCUUCGAUCUACGAAGAAGAUCGUGCAGAUCAAAGAAGACCCCAUGUCCCCGCAGAUGUGCCCGCCACAAGUCAAGGACGAGGCUCCAACCGUCCCAUCUGAUGCUCUACUGCUUAGCCCCGACAAGAUGAUAUCAUUCGAAACCCCUCGGAAAAUUUUCCUUGACGAUGUGCACUGCGUUUUCUCGUCAGGAAUGACGCCAUUUUCAACCAAGCGAAACACAUGUCGUCCUCCCACACCCAAGUCAAUCCACGGGACGUACCGGAACACAACGGUAGAAACCAAGACGGGGCAACCAAAGAAGAUGGUCUUCUUUUCUCCAACAUCUCGUUCUCUAAUGUCUCCUUCGGAAAGUGGAAUCAAACCCAAGAGGGCUCUUUUCCUGUCUCCAACAUCAUCCUGCCCAUUUGCGUCCCCAAUGGACACGGCAAGUGUUGGAACGUUUACACCUUACACCCAUGCAUCCCGGGCUACCGCGAAAUCAACAACACUUGUUCCCAGCAGCGGGGAUUCUCCACUCAUGAUGUAUAUAAGCUUUGUCAAUGGCUUUGAAGGGAAGUCGCCACCUCCACAGCUUCGCUCUCCCAAAACUCCAAUUGCCUACUCUCCAAUCCUUCCUCAGAGUCUCGCCAAGAAUGGCGAAUGGACCUAUUCAGACGUCGUGCAGAAACAGUCGUCAUCACCCGCGUGUUCAGAAGCUGACUUCCAGGAUUUGGCAGAGUUUGACGUGAAAAAGUUUGACGAAGAGUUGGGGGAUCUCUCGUUUCUCGACGACUGGUACCCGUAGACGGAUGCAAUUGACAGCAAACAUAGAAAACCUAGACUGUACACUGUAAAUAACCUCUUGCAGGUGCCCGUAAAGGACUGCGCACUCUAAAAUGAUCGACGAACUAAUAGACUCUUUUGC